AUGCCAGGAGGAGGCAGCGAGCGGUCGUCGAGUAAUCCAGGUCGUCCUAGGUCCCUCGAUGAGCUUCAGUCGCUAACGACAGUCAAAUAUGACAAGACUCCUCAUCAUUAUCUAACUUGGUGUCGCUCAGUAGAACGAUUAUUUGAAGAGGGAAACAUUGCCAGACUGAAUGGAGAUAUCGAGGAAGCCUAUAUUAGAUUCACUAGAGGCUUGGUCAUCAUACUGGAACUGAUACCUAAACUGCCAGGAUUUCAAAAGUCCAAUGCUGAAUACCUCAAGUCUGUCACGGUGAUAUUCCCAUUAUGUGAAGAGAUAAAGCUGGAAAUCACCCGCCGAUAUCUAGAAUGGAAGUCAACGCAACCAGAAGCACCAUCGCAAUCACAGUCAUCAUCACUACCACCGACAUUCACACCUCAAGUCCCAGUCCCCACUCGACGUGCAUCAACGAAAACGAUGAUUGAUGACGUGCCAUCACUUUACGAACUGGGCAAUUCAGCAUCACCGCCUCCGUCCGGUCCGUUGCUGAGGGAUAGUUGGAUUGGAGGACCGCCAGAUAUGAGUAAAAUGGAGUCAAUGACGCCAAAUCAGCUGGCACAGUUCCUGGUGCAAGCUGGAGCUGAUGAGUCCGCUACUGUGCUGGUGUUGGAUGUCAGACCACAGAGUGAAUUCUUGGAGGGACAUGUUAGAUGGAAUAAGAAGAGGAGGGCUGAUGGCAGGUUGUGUGGGGGUGUUAUUAAUAUUAAUCCGCUUUGGCUUACUCCAGGAAUGGUCUCAGAGGCAAUCGAAAAGUGUCUAGAACUGUUACCGGGAAUGUACAACACCUUAAUUCCGAAACAAUUAUUCUUACAAAAAGACCAAUUCGACCUAAUUGUAUAUAUGGAUUCCAAGUCAUCAUCCCUGACCGAGUCUGGGCCUCUACAAAUAGUACACAACUCUAUUUAUUCAUUUGAAACUGAACGAAUACCUCGAUUUCCUCCCAAGAUCCUACUCGGGGGAUUUCAAGGUUGGGUCAAGACACUAGAAGAAAAGAAUGGGAAUAAAGAGCAAUGGAUUGAAGUUGGUCCUGGAUGGGGUGGUAGUGAUGAGUUGGAUCCUAAUUCAAAGUUGUUUGCUGCACUCGAGCCUGCACCACAGAGGCCAGCCAGAAAUCCAAGGAGGAAUUCUGAGGUGGAAGAUGUGUCGGGUAUUGUUAGGGAUCCUUAUGAAUAUAUAUCUCGAGCUCCGAUACCUAUACGAACAACGUCUGCACGAGAAUCGGAACCUGUUAUACCGCCACGAAGUCCAGCUCGAACCCAUCCUUUUGAUUCUCCACUUACAUUCAUGUCGUCAAGUGUCCCACCUAGUAGACAUUCAUCACUGGGACUUGACAAGGAAAACCAACAACCUCAAUAUGAUCCAUCAAGAUACCGAGAAGCGUCAUCCUCAUAUAAUUAUCCAGUUUUACCGUCAAGCAGUAGUAGUAAUAAUAGUAAUAAUACCGGACGAAACCAACUGCCAGGUUCUCCGAUGCAGAUGGAAGCACCACCAUUACCCUAUAAACCAACAGAAGCUGCAUAUAACGAGUAUGCAAACCUGCCACUUACAUCUCCCUCGUAUGAACCUCCAUAUGUCUUCCCGCCACGAUCAUCACUGCCAGCAGGAUCUGCUGCAUCAACGGCUGGUCCGCUCGCUUCACGAUACUAUGCACCACAAAUACCAGCUGAAAUCAUUCAGUGGGAUUCAUCAUCAACACUAGCAUCAGCAGGUCUGAAAAAUCUAGGCAAUACAUGUUUCAUGAGCUGUAUCCUGCAGUGUUUGAGUGGGACACUACCACUAGCAACCUUCUUCAACAAUGGUAAAUACAGAAGGCACCUGAAUCGAGAAAACAUUCUAGGUACCAAAGGACAAGUGGCAGAUGCCUUUGCCGCACUUAUCAAGGACAUGUGGUCGCAAGAUGAGACGGUGAUUACUCCAACAAAGUUUAAAGCUACUGUUGGAACUUGUGCACCUCAGUUUCGUGGUAAUGAGCAACAGGAUGCGCAAGAGUUUUUGGCAUUCUUGUUGGAUGCGUUACAUGAGGAUUUGAAUGAUGCUAGAGGUCGAGGACCACCACCUGCCAUGACUACCGGAGAGGAAGAUGAACGAUAUCCAGAUGAUGAGGCUUCAAUUAGGAGCUGGAAUCGAUAUCAGUUAUUGAAUAAGAGCUAUAUUGUGGAUUUAUUUCAAGGGCAACUGAAAUCAAAGUUAGAGUGUAUGACUUGUCAUAAGACCUCAACGACUUUUGAUUCUACAAUGUACUUGUCAUUGCCCAUACCAGCAGCCAAAAAGAAAGGAGCAAGCAUAUCACUCGAUGAUUGCCUAUCCAAAUUCCAUGAAGAAGAGAUACUAGAUAAAUCUGACGCCUGGAUGUGCCCACAAUGUCGUGUGCCUCGAAAAGCUACCAAGAAAUUGACUAUACAAAGGCUGCCCGUCAUAUUACUGAUACACUUGAAACGAUUCUACUUCCAAGGCCCCUUCCGUAAUAAGAUUGAGACUGUAGUUGAUUUUCCUUUGCAGAACCUGGAUUUGACCAAAUAUGUACCAACAAAUACUCCAACAACUCGAGAUGGGGGUCAGCCUGUAUAUAACUUGUAUGCUGUGUCUAACCAUUUCGGUGGAUUGAAUGGUGGACAUUAUACCGGCAUUGUCCGUAAUGGCUAUCGAAAGGAGUGGUAUAACUUUGAUGAUGCUCGAGUUGGAAGGGUUGAUGCUAAUGCUGUCAAGCCGCCUACAUUCUAUUCUACGUCAGGAGAGACGUUACAUAGUGGUCAUGUACUCGUUGAGUAA